UCGAAGAACGUCUACGUACGUACGUAAGAUAUUGUUUACACUAUCGCAUAUAUAAAUGAGGAAGCACAAGGGUGCGACAAUCUCAGUAUAAGAUCGCCAUCAACUCGUAGUGCUUGUUUAUUAAUUUAUUUAUUCACUUUUUUUUUGUACAUAUAAUUUACGAAGUUCACCGACAGUGUACCUGAUAAUUUUCUAUAAUAAAAUUAAUUAUAUAAAAUAAAACUAGAAAAAAAAAAUGUCUAAAGAAUACAAUAAAAUUUUCAUCUUAUCUCUGAUGAUCUUGGGCAUUUCCGGUCUUCCGGUACAUCACAAACGUCACAAACGUCAUUCUUAUUCACAAAGACCGUUUUGGCAUCUACCGUGCGGUGAUCCGACACCGGAUAGUGAGAUAAAUAAUUUAAAUGAAGAAGAAGGUGAAUUGAGUCUAGAAAGGAUAAUAAAUCAACAUAAGAAUGCACUUGCGGAUUAUUUACAUCAUGAUUAUGAAUUUUUAUAUGAGCGUGUUAGACUUGGUCCUGCGGAGCAUCAGUAUUUACCGAACUGGCUGCCAGGAAAAAAGGAUGUUCAUAUAGUUAAAAAAUUAUCUGGGAAAUCAUCUCAAACGAUUAUCAAUCACCUGCCAAAAUUACACGAAGAUCUACAAAAAUUUUCAAUUGCAAUAAAUCAAAUGUUGGAAGAUGAACCGACAUUUAAAGUUAGAGAUGCAUUAACAAAAACAAAAUUUUACCUACGAUUGAUGUUAUGUGAAGUUGAAAGCGGUAUUGUCAUUUUUGAAGAUUUAUCGAUACCCGAAAGAAUAAAUAGCGAUAUUAUAGCUGUUGAAGAGAGACAUCCGACUGAUGACACAGUAAGAUUAGUACGAGAUUGGGGAGUUUUAUUAAAAUAUAAAAAUUACUUACAUGCAUGGAAACAUGUUUUUAAUGAUUAGAAUACUUAGGAAAUAUUCAUGAUUUAUUUUUAUGACUAGUUUUUUUUUAAAUGCAAAAUGUGUGCGAAAGGUUAGUAAUGUUUUUUUGACUUCUUUUUGCGGGUAAAAAAAUUUCAAGCCAAAAUAACAAUAAAAUUUUUUUUUGGCCGAAAAAUAACCGAUAAAAGACGCAGAUAGUGUACAUAGGCUGUAAACUAAUUAGCCAGAAAAAUUUCUGACUCGAUUUAUUGGACAAUUUUCGGCGUAUUCUUGGCCAAAUAUUUUUAUCUGGGUUGCUAACUUAAAAAAUGUAAAUUUAAAGUGUUUGAAGAGUCUGCUCCAAGUUUCAAACCGAUCAACAAUUUUCUAGAGGCCGCUCAAGAAUUUUUAAGCUUUCGAAAAUCAACGAAAACCUUUUCUUUUUUUUUAUAUCUUCGGUUUCUUACUAGUUCAAUCUUUUCGAUGCAGAUCGCAUGGAAAAAUACUAAAAUUUUAAGUCAAAAUAUUAAUUCUUAAGAGUCACUCAAUAUUUUUGAAAAGGAAUUCUGACGGAGUAUGAUUUUAAUUCAAAGAAAUUAAUACUUACUAUUAGAUAAGGCGGCUAUGCAUUUUUAAAAUCAAAUUCUUAGAAAUUUCAAAUUUUUCAGUUGAAUAAUAUAAAAAUUUUCGGACUAUACAUGUUGAUACUUAUUUACUUGUAUAGAUAACGCCAAAGAAAAUUGUUCUGAGGUGAUUCCAUAGAUAAUCGAUGUAAUAAAAUAAAUUUAAAAAAUAUUAAUGACCUUUGAAUAUUAAUAUUUUGAUUUAAAAUUUGAGUAUAUUAUUCUAUAACUUGCAUAGAAAAGAUUGAACCGGUAAAAAACCAAAGAUUUUGAAAAAUAAAAAUUGGUGUUUGUUAAUGUUUAUAAUUUUUUAAAUUCUUUAACAAUCUCUAAAAAAUUUUUGAUGAAUUAAAACUUGGAGAGGUCUUUAGUUUCUACAAAUCACAUUUAUUAAAAAAAGAAGAAAAUCAAAAAUUAUUGCUACCCUAGUAUGCAUGUAAUGACAAUAAUUUAAAAAAUGACAAUAUAUUACAAUUAAUAUUAAAACAAAGAAAGCAAUCAGAUAUCGAAUAGAUAAUUUAGAUUUUAAGAUAAUGACUUCGAAUCGAAGAUUAAGGAACUGUCUCAUUAAUUUUAAUGGAUGAAAAAUUAUUCUACCCAGUAAAAAUUAUUUAAAUCAUAAGCUUUUUAAUUACUUACAUCUCUUAAGAUCUACACGGAUCGAAGCUCAGAACAAAAGCAAAUUAUAAAUCUGUUAGAAUUAAAGCCAAUGAUUUUAAAAAACAUUUUUAGUUUUAUAAAAAAAAAACCUAAAAUUAAGAGCAACGAAUUUUUCAAAAUUUGAAUUAUAUUUUUGCUGGAUAGAUUUAAUUUGAAAAUGAAAAAAAAAUUUUUCGAACGUGCGUUCGGUAAUUUGCAUGAAAGUGAAUAUUUAAAAACAUUUAUAUUGAUGUGGGUGUGAAAAAAGUGCAAUGUUAAUUAUUUGCGUUAAUUUAUUUAUUUAUAUAGCAAACAGAAGUAAAAAUAUAUGAAGUCAUUGACUAUUAAAGAUAGCUAAUUCCACUGUAGUAUUAUAAAUAUAGAAAGAAAAAAGAGAGAGAGAGAGAACACUGUUUGGCUAAUCUUUUUACUUGAAUAUGCUCGUGGUAUUUGCUCAGCGGAAUUUCUUUAUCUAACAAAUUAAUACCUUGGGUGAUAAUGAAAAAAAAUUUAUUGUAUUAUUUAUUGUAGGUUUGACAAGUGAAUCUUUAUAAAUUGUCAUUUAGUUAGAUUAAUUUUAAUAUUUAUUGACAAGCAUUAAGUACCAAAUAGUGUGAAUUUUGUUAAGUGCGUUGAAAAAAAAACUUAAUUAAUUUAUAUUAUAAUAAUGUAAAUAUGAUUUAAAGACAAUUCCAAUUCAUGUAAUAUUUAUACAGUAUUAUUUAUAAAUAACUUAUUUAUUAAUUGUAUUGAUUUGCUGUGGAAAAUAAUUAUUUAUUGCUUUUUAUAAU